AUGUUUAUCGUAUACUUCACUCUCGCUUUGAUUUUAGGGCUGCUAGGGGUGCACAACCUCAGGUCAUAUUUCAUACCAUUCAGAUAUCGUUCUCUUCCACCUGGUCCUCUUAGGAGACCUAUCAUUGGCAACCUUUUUGAUUUUCCUAAGCGGGGAAGUAAAGAAUGGGAACACUGGUUAAAGCACAAAGAUCUUUAUGGUCCCAUCAGUUCACUUGUCACAAUGGGACAGACCGUUAUCCUUCUGAACAAAUCAGAGGUAGCAUAUGAUUUACUGGAGAAACGAUCCGCUAUUUAUUCCUCGCGGCCACCGUCUGUUUUCGGCGCUGAGUUAGCGGGCUGGAACCGCUUUUUUACCAUGCAGGGCGAUCCAAAUUUGGUUCGUACACACCGAAAAUUUAUCUCGAGCUUGAUAGGAUCGAAAAAUGCCAUCUCAAUCUUGCAUCCUAAGCUUGAACUUGGGGCCAGACACUUUCUAUUGCAGACACUUCAGCAUCCCGGCUCUCUGAUUGACAAUAUUCGACGAGAAGUAACUGAUCCCAAAGCUAGUAUUAUCGGAGCGGAGAUACUAGAUAUAACCUAUGGCUAUAAGGUUGAGCCAUCAGGGCUAGACCCUCUUAUAGAGCUCGCCGAUCUUUCUGCACAACAAUUCUCCAAUGCAGUACAGGUUGGAAACUGGAUAGUUGAUAUUAUCCCUAUUUGGGCCGGAUUCCAACGCACAGCACAGGAAUGGGGUCGGGUCUUGACCACCUUGGCGGAGAGGCCAUACGCAUUUGUCCUUCACCAACGAAGCAAGCAAAAGGAGGCGGCCUCAUAUGUCUCUAGACAUUUGGAUUUACUGAAUAGUCCAGCCACACCGGAUGAGGAAAAUACCAUUAAAUGGACAGCAGCCGUUAUAUAUUCGGGUGGUGCAGAUACCACCGUAUCUUCACUCUCGACCUUUUUUCUCACCAUGGCCCAGUUUCCAGAUAUCCAGCGUCAUGCUCAAGCAGAACUCGAUCUAGUAGUAGGGUCAAGGCUCCCCACCUUGAGCGAUCGCCCAAAUCUUCCGUAUGUUGAUGCUCUUAUCAAGGAAGUCAUGCGUUGGCAUCCUAUUGGACCCUUAGGUAUCCCUCAUAUGACAACACAGGAAGAUGAAUACAAUGGGUAUCGGAUUCCAAAGGGGGCAGUUUUGAUUCCAAAUAUCUGGUCAUUCACACACGAUCCUGAAAUAUACAAUGAGCCGAUGACAUUCAAUCCCAGUCGAUUCUUGCAACAAGAGGACGGCGUUGCUCCCGAGUGCGAUCCUCAAAAGUUCGUAUUUGGAUACGGGCGUCGAAUCUGUCCUGGUCGUUUUCUUGCCGAUACAAGCCUGUUCCUCAUUAUCUCAAAGUCACUCGCCGUCUUUGAUAUUACGAAACGCGUUGGAGAAGAUGGCAAGGAUAUAGACCUCCUAGCUGAGUACCUGCCUGGUAUCAUCAGUCACCCGUCCCCAUUUUAUAUCCAAGUUCGACCGCGCAGUGAACAUGCGCGAAUGCUAAUCAGAUCUGUUGAGGUGGAAGAUCCGUGGUUGAAAGGGGAUUCGGAGGUUUUUAAUGAUAUUCAGUCCUGA